AUGGGUAGAACGUCUCCUCAGGGUCUGACGGCCCAAGACUUCCAUCACCAGCCCUACGUCAAUCCCGUCGACGUCUUCCGGCCCAAAUCCCGCCUCGCACAUCGGGCCCAGAACUACAGGUCUCCGAUAAGGGGCCAGCCGCCGUCGAGGAGCCCGUCGCGGUUUGCCACAGAUCAUCACAAAUUCGCUUGUUGCGGCGAGGAGGAAGACUCUUCCUUCCGCACGUCGAGCGCCCUGACCUGCUGCGUCGACUACGACCAUGUUGGCAGCACCGCCGUCGUCGACUUCGGUCAGAGUGCUGAUGACUUUGCCGGCUGUUGUGACGAACCGCACCACAGCUCCCCCAGCCCCAUGGACUGUGAGGACUGCGUUGACGACUGCGAGGAUUGUGUCGAAGAGCACCUGAAAGCGAACCAACGAACCGGCACUUACGUCGACGACUGCGACGAAUGCAACGAAGAAAAGGACAUCAAGUGCCCCGACGGCGCUGCGUGUCAAGGAACCUGCGACGAAUGUGACUUCUCUUGCUUUGAUUGCAUUGACUGGAGUCAGUUCGAGCGUGAUAAGACUCUCGGUCUCUCGUUCGCGGUCCCGCUGCUGGACGAUAACGCCCUGGCGGCCCCGAACCUCCAAUUUGAUGAAACGGAUGCCACCGGCUUUCGCGCCUUUGAAAUCCUCAAUGCCCAGGCCGACAUCGUUGCCCAUCCGCUUGAUGUACCAAUGCAUCACCAGUGCUUCGACAACACGGUUCCCUACUGGAACAACAUAGCCCAGGAGCAGAUUUGUACCGGACUGGACCAGCAACUUCCGCUCCCACCGUUUCGCCUGGAUUUUGGUUGUCAUCCGGCGGCCGCUCACCAGCGGGCUUCUGUGGCUGGAUUCCCCGUACCUGAUCCCAUGCAUGUCGGUACAACUCCAAAUCUUCACCCUCAAGCACUCCUUCCCCCGGCACCUCCCAAGGAUCCUUUGCGAACCACACAAGAUCUCCUCAGCGCUGUUACGGCCCCCGAGACGUCUCGGGCCUGCCAGUGGCUGAUGCCUUGCGGCACGGUGUGCGGCGCCUCCUUCGCCACCGGGACCGAUCUCAAGAAGCAUCUGAAGUCGGUGCACCUCGUCAAGGGGGUCACAAAAUGCCAAUGGCAAGAUUGCGACUCCCCGGACUUUGGCUCCGAAGCGGCCUUGACGGGACACAUCUCGAAAAAGCAUCUGGCGUCCUUCCUCACCGCCCUCCCUGCAGGAGCGUCGUCAUCUUCUUCCUCUGCAUCAGCAUCAGCCACCACCAUCACCGGCGCCGCGGCGGCGGGCCAUAAUCGGCACCAACACGUGCACAAAUCGGAAGGCCCCUUCAAAUGCACAUUCCCGUCGUGCCCGAAGUCGUUCAUGUACAAGCAGGUGCGGGACGAGCACGUGGCGACGCACCACAACGGCAACAAGAUGUACUGCCACAUCUGCCACACGUUUCUGAAUGGCGAGGGCUCGAAUUUCAAGCGCCACAUGGCCACGCACCGGCCCAAGCACCAGCACACGCUGUGCAAGUACCACGCGCUGGGCUGCAAGCGGCGCUUCCCGCGGCUCGACAACCUGCGCCGACACGAGGCAUGCUGCAAGUUCGGCAAAGGGCUGAAAACAACAAAGGGCGCUGGUGCCGCGGCCGCCGCGGCCGCCGUUGCCGUCGUCGUCGAGACCCCGCAGCAACAGCACCAACACCUCCAUAACCACCACCAUCACCCUCACAAUUGA